CCUAGGGGUAGAAAGACACCGAGAGGGAGGGAGAGAGAGAGAGAGAGGGAGUGUGUGUGUGUGUGUGUAUCACACUCCUGACAGCAAGGAGAGAGACAGACAUCUGCUUUUCUGUCCUGGUUAUAAAAAAUAAAAUACUUUUUCCAAAACUUUUUUUUCCUCAUUUUGCAUUUUGUUUUCUAUAUUAAAUCUACGAAGUAAUCAUCGCUAACUAAUGGAUUUGUACCUGCUUGGAUAUAUGCUAUGUGUGUGGCUAUCUGGUUCAAGAGUGUUUGGAGGCUAUCCGAUCUGGUGGUCUCUGGCUCUGGGGCAGCAGUACUCCUCUCUAGGCUCACAGCCCAUCCUGUGUGGGUCCAUCCCCGGCCUGGUUCCCAAGCAGCUGCGCUUCUGCCGGAACUACAUGGAGAUCAUGCCCAGCGUAGCGGAGGGCGUCAAGCUGGGCAUCCAGGAGUGCCAGCACCAGUUCCGGGGCCGCCGGUGGAACUGCACCACGAUCCAGGGCAACCUGGCCAUCUUCGGACCCGUGUUGGACAAAGCCACGCGGGAGUCCGCGUUUGUCCACGCCAUUGCCUCGGCUGGAGUGGCCUUUGCAGUGACACGCUCCUGCGCAGAGGGCACCUCCACCAUGUGUGGCUGCGACUCCCAUCACAAGGGUCCCCCCGGUGAGGGCUGGAAGUGGGGCGGCUGCAGUGAGGACGCCGAGUUCGGGGUGCUGGUGUCCCGUGAGUUUGCAGACGCACGAGAAAACCGUCCAGACGCCCGCUCUGCAAUGAACCGGCACAACAACGAGGCAGGGCGCACGACAAUCCUGGCCCACAUGCACCUGAAGUGUAAAUGCCACGGGCUGUCGGGGAGCUGUGAAGUGAAGACGUGCUGGUGGGCCCAGCCAGACUUCCGCAUCCUGGGGGAUUUCCUGAAGGACAAGUAUGACAGCGCCUCGGAGAUGGUGGUGGAGAAGCAUAGGGAGUCCCGCGGCUGGGUGGAGACACUGCGUGCCAAGUACACCUUCUUCAAGCACCCCACCGAGCGAGACCUGGUCUACUAUGAGAGCUCACCCAACUUCUGCGAGCCCAACCCUGAGACAGGCUCGUUCGGGACCCGUGACCGCGUCUGCAACGUCUCCUCGCACGGCAUCGAGGGCUGCGACCUGCUCUGCUGCGGCCGGGGUCACAACACGAGGACUGAGAAGCGCAAGGAGAAGUGCCACUGCAUCUUCCACUGGUGUUGCUAUGUGAGCUGCCAGGAGUGCGUGCGGGUCUACGACGUGCACACCUGCAAGUGAAA